CACACACACACCCCGGGGUACUGAUGGCCUUUAAGUAGCUGAAUUUCACCUUUGGAACAACUUUUCUCCCCCAGUUUAUCAUCAGUUGUCUUCUCUCCAGCCAUUCUGCCUAACAGAAAUCUGUAACUCACAUUUACUCCUUAAGAAAACUCCUGAAAUUAUUAUUAUUUUUAAUUUAAAUGUAUAAAAUGUUUGCCCCAGUGAAGGCUCCAUGGUGGGCCAGGAGAGCCGGACAUGGAGUCGGUUCUAUGCUUCAGCUCCAACGACAGAGUGGUGCAUUAUGUCAGGAGGCAGUAAUGAAGAACCUGCGAGUCCAGAUGCCCUCAUGUAAUUUUUCACCUGAGACGUACCAGGGUAUGAGUAAGGAGCGGAUGCUGGAGAUCAGGAAGCUGAACUGUAAUGCCAUGACGAUGAAGGUGACGUACUACAAGAAGCCACUUUUUAUCCAUCAGGGUUUCAUGCAGUGGCUGUGGGAUGUGGAUGGGUCACGUUAUCUCGACAUGUUUGCGGGGGUCGCCACUGUCAGCCUGGGACACUGCCAUCCGAAGGUGACAAAAGCUGCACAGGAGCAACUGCAGCGUCUUUGCCACACGUCAGCCAUUUAUGUUUAUCCUGAGAUCCAGGAAUAUGCAGAGAAACUUGUGUCACAUCUGCCUGAACCUCUGAAAGUUGUGUAUAUGACUAACAGUGGCUCUGAAGCGAAUGAUCUGGCUCUGCUGAUGGCGAGAUUACACACAGGAAACUUUGAUGCCAUCACUUUGAGAAAUUCCUAUCAUGGUGGAAGUCCACAAGCGAUGGGUCUGACCUCAAACACAGUGUAUAAAUACGCAGUGGCGUCCGGCCUGGGCUGCUAUAAUACCAUGUGUCCUGAUGUGUUCAGGGGGCCUUGGGGUGGGAAUCACUGCAGAGAUUCACCUGUUCAGACAGUCAGAGAUUGCAACUGCUCUCAUGAUCAGUGCCAAGCCAAUGGCAGGUACAUCGAGCAGCUGAAGGACGUUCUUGCUACGAGCGUACAUAAUCGUAUUGCCGCGUUCUUCGCAGAACCCAUUCAGGGAUUAGGAGGAACUAUCCAGUACCCCAAGAACUUCCUGAAAGAAGCCUACAAGCUAGUGAGAGAAAAAGGUGGAAUAUGCAUAGCUGAUGAGGUUCAGACCGGUUUCGGACGCACGGGAAGUCACUUCUGGGCUUUUCAGGCCCAUGACGUUGUUCCAGACAUCGUGACGAUGGCUAAAGGAAUCGCUAACGGAUUUCCCAUGGCGGCUGUGGUCACAAGCGAGGAAAUUGCUCGUACCUUUGCUAAAGGACUUCACUUCAACACUUUCGGUGGAAACCCCCUCGCCUGCAGCAUCGCCUCGACUGUGCUGGAUACAAUUAAAGAGGAACGGCUCCAGGAGAACAGUGCCAUAGUGGGAACACAUCUGCUGAAUGAACUCGCCAAGCUGCGAGAUAAGUAUGAGAUCGUCGGGGACGUCCGCGGAAAAGGACUGCAUGUCGGUGUGGAGAUGGUUAAAGACAAAGAGAGUCGAGAUCCUCUUCCCUCCGAUGCCAUGAUUGAGAUUCUGGAGGACACUAAGGACAUGGGCGUGCUGAUCGGCAGAGGAGGGAUAUACGGACAGACAUUCCGGAUCCAGCCGCCGAUGUGCAUCACUAAAGACGAUGCCGAUUUCUUCCUCGCCGUGUUCGAUCAGGCACUGCACAACUACACGGAGAGGAGAUGAGCAGCACCAGACCGGUUCUGUUCCAAAUCAGUCCAUUGCCUUUCUUUCCUCCUUAAAACUGACAGAUCUUCACUUAACGCAUUAGUUCUGUUCCAAAUCAACCCCUAUCCAUUUUCCCCUUCACUUACAUGCGGCUGUUCAGCACUCAGUCGGGCUGUGUUUCAAAUCAAACGGGACAGCACUGACUUUAGACUGGUACUGUUCCAAUCCAAUCCCCUAAUCAACUGUUCUACUAAGGACAAUAGUUCAACACUGAACUAGGGAUCUACGCCAAAUCAACCUCAUAUCCACUUCUCCACUUCCCCUACAGAGGACCGAUCACCACGGGGUCUUGCAGCUCAGCCUGGAUCCGUUCCAAAUCAACCCUGAACUAACACUUUCUCAAAGAGUGGACACUGCAGCACUAGAACAUUCUAGGGCUCUUUCUUGGGCUCGUUUAAGUCCACCCCUAACCACUUUCCCUAACCGCUUACAGCACUGCAUCUUUCAACUCAGUGUGGCCUCGUCCCAAUUCACCGUGUCAUACGGAUGGUAACAGACUGCAGUUGAUUCAUAAGAGGGAGUGUUUAUCGUCGAUUAACGCAGCUCUCGUAGUUUAGUGACUCAUUUCGGUGCUGCCGUGUUCACAAAACUAAACACCGAACCUCAGUGCCUUUAGCAGUAUUUAACACCGGGAUCAAUGAAAUAAUGAAAUAAAAGUACGGAAAAAAAAAACAGAUUUGUAAAAUUAAAUCAGAUGUUUUUAGAAUGAACAUCGUCUAAAUAAACACGUCAUCUUUUAUUAAAGGA